GCGAGCUCGCGCAUGGGAGCGACACCGCGGCGGAGAGCGGACUGCGGUUUAAAAGGACAUCUGAUCCGCAAACAGCGCCAUUGUCCCGCUCGACAGCUGUCACCGUUACUUCAUCGGACGCGACAGAAAGAGUAAAAUUUAGCAAAGUUUAAAAAAAAAAAAAAAAAACAGACUGGACCAAGACCCAGAAGCAGCCGCUGGUGUCCCACACGCACGCGCUCGCAGCGUGGACAGGUCGCACACGGCCACGCGCACUGUGUGUGUGGAUUAACCGCAAAGAACCGCAGCGCUCAGAUCUGCGAUCAUGUUACUGGAUAAACUGGUGCUCCACGUCCUGGCUUUGCUCUCCGCCUCCCCUGUUUUUCUGGCAUAUGUUUUUCAAGCCAAGCGUGCUGGGGAAUGGGACGAGACUCCAUCGCAUCCCAAAGUGACCCCCGACUCCCCGUGGGUGAGCUCCUCGGGCUCCUGCAAGAACAGAUGUUUUGAGCUGGAAGACGUAGAGCCUCCCAACUGUCGCUGUGACAACCUGUGCAAGACCUACAACAGCUGCUGCUUGGAUUUCGACGAGCAUUGCUUGAAAACAGCGGGAGGGUUCGAGUGCAGUAAGGAUCGCUGUGGCGAGGUCAGGAACGAGGCCCAUGCGUGCCACUGCUCAGAUGACUGCCUGGAGAAUGGGGACUGCUGCACCAACUACAACGUCGUCUGCAAAGGGGAUACUCCCUGGGUGCAGGACGGAUGCGAGCAGAUCGAGAGCCCAGGGUGCCCUGCCGGCUUUGUGCGCCCGCCUUUGAUUCUGCUAUCGGUGGAUGGUUUCCGCGCCUCCUACAUGAAGAAAGGAAGUGUGGUGAUUCCCACCAUGGAUAAACUCCGAUCGUGUGGCACUCACGCACCUCACAUGAGACCGGUGUACCCGACAAAGACGUUCCCUAAUUUGUACACCCUUGCAACAGGCCUUUAUCCCGAAUCCCAUGGAAUAGUUGGCAACUCCAUGUAUGACCCCGUGUUUGAUGCCAACUUCUUGCUCCGAGGGCGAGAGAAACUGAAUCACCGCUGGUGGGGAGGUCAGCCUAUCUGGAUCACGUCCGUGAAGCAGGGGGUGAAGGCGGGCACCUUCUUUUGGCCAGUAGUCAUUCCUCUAGAACGAAGGAUUCUGACUAUUUUACACUGGCUUCACCUGCCUGACGCAGAGCGACCCUAUGUGUACGCGGUCCACUCGGAGCAACCGGACUCUUACGGCCACAAGCUGGGACCCCUGAGCAACGAGCUGAACAAUCCCCUGAAGGAGAUCGACAAGAUUGUGGGGAUGCUGAUGGAUGGUCUGAAACAGAUGAAGCUGCACCGCUGUGUGAACAUCAUACUGGUGGGCGAUCACGGCAUGGAAGAUGCCCACUGUGACAGAACAGAGUUUUUGAGCUCAUACCCUGUGAAUGUGGACGACAUCAUUUUGAUCCCUGGAUCUCUUGGACGAAUCCGUUCCCGCAUUCCCAACAAUCCCAAAUAUGAUGCAAAAGCUAUCGUGGCAAACCUUACAUGCAAGAAAUCAGACCAACACUUCAAGCCCUACCUGAAGCAUCACCUCCCUAAGCGGCUACACUAUGCCAACAACCGCAGGAUUGAGGACAUCCACCUUCUGAUGGAGAGAAAGUGGCAUGUGGCAAGAAGUGUGACGGAAUCAGACAUUUCAGACCACCCGGAUCUCGACAUGGAGUUCCCACACAGGAAAUCUCCUGAAGGCAGAAAACACCCUGGGAGAUGUGGUUUCUAUGGCGACCAUGGCUAUGACAACAAGUUCAACAGUAUGCAGACAAUCUUUUUGGGCUAUGGACCUAGCUUUAAAUUCAAGACAACAGUGCCAGUGUUUGAAAACAUUGAACUUUACAACGUGAUGUGUGAUCUCCUAGGGUUACAGCCCGCUCCAAACAAUGGAACUCGUGGCAGCCUGAACAGUAUGUUGAAAACCCCCCCUUACACACCCAUCGUGCCAGAAGAAGUGGCUUCACCUGCCCCCUUGGAACCUGUUACUAUUCCCACAGACGACCUGGGAUGUAGCUGUGAUGACAAGAACAAAGUGGAGGAACUUGGUCAAGAACGCUCUCUUCCUGAGGACAUUAAAGACGCCGUGGCUUCUGCGGACAGCAAGAACCUUCCAUACGGUCGUCCCGCAGUUUUGUUCCAGACAAAAUACAGCCUUCUUCACCACAAUGACUUCAUCAGUGGCUACAGCGAAGCCCUGGCCAUGCCCCUGUGGACCUCAUAUACCGUAUCCAUAGACGUGGAGGUUAGGCCUCUUCCAGAGUACAUGACCAACUGCGUGAAGCCGGAUGCUAGAGUGGCUCCUGCUCAUAGCCAGUCCUGCACGGGCUAUGGUACCGAUCAGCAGAUUUCUUAUGGCUUCCUCUUCCCUCCGCAACUAGCCUCGUCCACUGAAACCACAUAUGACGCCGUUCUGAUCACCAACACUGCUCCGAUGUACUUGGCCUUCAAGAGGAUCUGGACCUACUUCCAGGAAACACUAGUGAAGCGCUAUGCCGGAGAAAGAAAUGGAGUGAAUAUCAUCAGUGGACCCAUCUUCGACUACGACUUCGAUGGUCUCCGCGACAGCGAGGAGAAGAUCAAAGAGUACUCGGGCGACUCCCUCCCUAUCCCCACACACUACUACGUGGUGAUUACCAGCUGCUCAGACAGCACUCAGACUGUGAAGACCUGCGACAGCCCACUCAGUGUCUUCUCCUUCAUUCUGCCACACCGGCUUGAUAAUGAUGAGAGCUGCAAUAGCUCCGAGGACGAGUCCAAAUGGGCGGAGGAGCUGAUGAAGAUGCACACAGCACGCGUCCGUGAUAUCGAGAUCCUCACUGGGCUGGACUUCUACCGCAUCACCAGCAGGACUUACGUAGAGAUCCUCUCCCUAAAGACUUACUUGCACACUUUCGAGGGUGAAAUCUGAAAACGGCAGUGGUUUCUUCUGAGUACAUCUUCUGUGCUUAGGUGUAUAUUUUUAUACAGUGUUUCAUAUGUGCUCCCUAGAAUUUUUGAUGCUAGUUAAUAUUCUAAUCUUGUAUAACAAAUGGCCUUUUUUUUUUGAUAACUGUAAGAAUGAACUGGUUUUAUCAUUUGUGCUGAUUGUUCUGUUGUGACUUGAGGUGUGGUGUACGUGAGCGAGGUGUGAUUUUAAUUGGAAUAGAAGACUGAAGGUCUGUGAGUGAAGUUCUGUGGCUCAGAAUGCUGUACUGUACACAAUAAUGUAACUGUAUCGUUGAGUCAAUAUAUCCUGUUAUGUGAUUGACCACUAAUGACCUCUGUCUUAACAUUUAAAGUUGCACCACAAUAAAAACCUGUAUUUUUACUCAACUGAACAGACUUUUGCUGUAACAGAACUUUUUGAUACCCCCCCCCCCCCCCCCCCGACCC